AUGGCCAAUGAUAAUAAUCCACUACUGAAGUUAUAUCUCGUGAUCUUUAACGCUGCUUCAUGUGCUGGAUGGGCCUAUGUGCUCUAUCUUACAGUCACUACAGUACUCAAGACAUACGGCGACGAUCAAGUGGCUCAAAAUACGUGGGAUGUGGUGUCAUUUCCUCUCAAAGUAGUGCAAACAAUGGCAGUCAUGGAGAUUGUGCAUGCUGCAUUGGGUUUUGUACGCUCACCACUGGGCUCAACGCUGAUGCAGGUGAGCUCCCGUUUAUGGCUCGUCUGGAUCAUUAAUGUGCUGUGUCCUGUGUCGCGCUAUCAGUUUGGCUUCCCGCUCAUGGUGACCAGUUGGGGUCUUGUAGAAGUGCCACGCUAUUCUUUCUAUGCACUGAAUCUAUACAACGCAGUGCCAAACGUUCUCUUCUUUCUCCGUUAUCAUCUCUUUAUGUUACUUUAUCCAUCAGGUGUUCUUGGCGAGGUGCUGUGUAUGGUAAGCUCCCUCAGCUUUCUGUCUACCGGUGUAUACGCCAUCCAAUUGCCCAACACACACAAUGUCUCGGUUUCGCUCUACGUGGUGGUUCUUUUCGUGCUUAUCGUGUACAUCCCGGGUCUGCCCGUCAUGUAUGGACACAUGCUCACGCAGCGUAACCGUGCUUACUCCAAGACCAAGACCAAGACGGCGUAG